AUGGCAGGAAAAGGAUCCAUAGCAGACAAACAGAUUGUUGUUGUUGGAGCCAAUAGGGGAAUUGGACUUGAGUUCGCGAGACAAUUCUUAGAGAAGGGUAACAAGGUGGUUGCAACAGCCAGGGACCUGUCCAAGGCCUCCCAACUGACCAAGUUGAAAGAACAACAUCCAGGCCUUGAACUGACAGAACUGGAUGUGACAAGCCCUGAGUCGCGUCAGGAAUGGGCCCAAAGCCUCAGAAAGAAGUUGAAGGCCGUUGACUAUCUGAUCAACAAUGCGGGAGUGGCAUCCUGGGGUGGCCUGGGACAGCUUACAGAGGAUGAGCUGCUGCACUGCAUACGCACCAACACAGUGGGGCCCCUAAUGGUGACACAGGAGGUCCUGGGCGCCGGUCUGCUAAAAAAUGGGUCUGUGGUCGCAAACCUCACAUCCAAGAUGGGCUCCAUGUCAGACAACACAUCAGGCGGCACAUACGCAUACAGAGCAUCCAAGGCCGCUCUCAAUGCAGUGACAAAGUCGCUCUCUAUUGACCUGGAGGACAGAGGCAUCACGGCGGUGCUCCUUCACCCAGGCUGGGUGAAGACAGACAUGACCAGGCACUCGGGGCUCAUAGAUGCGCACACCAGCGUCGCUGGCCUGAUCGCUGUGCUGGAGAGCAGCAAGCCCUUGGUGGGGCGUUGGUAUGACUACAAGCACGAGGAGAUCCCCUGGUAGCUUGCAUGGCAUCUUGCUUUAAAAAGCUCAAGCAGAGGAGCGAGACUGCUUCACUUUGGGAGGCAGCUGCGUAUUCACAUGGUCAGUCAGUCACUCUUCCAGCCGACUAGGGGCUGAUCUGAUGGCUGAUCCUCACAUUGGCAGUGCCCAGCGUCCUGCCUGACAUGCAGAGGCUUGGGUGAAAUUUUGUGGAACACCAGCCACUGGCAGAUCAUCCAUACUACUAGUAGUAAUGGUCAUAGAAGUUGGAGCAGGAGUAUGUGACCACACGGUAGCGUGUUUCAUGAAAAAGGUCAGACUUGACAAGGUCUAGACAAGCAGCGUUGAAUCAUUUCUUGUAAUGAACACUUUUAUUACGAUUGGCGUAUAUAUACGUAGAAGCCCAGUGUUACGUAAGUUUCUGUGAUGAUU